CUGCACCACGGCACCCCAAAUUCGAUGUGUCGCCUCCCGGGCGCAGAGCGCCGGUGCUGAGCGAGGCGGGGGUCGCCGCGGCCGGGAAAAUGCUGGGCAUGUACGUGCCGGACAGGUUCUCCCUGAAGUCCUCCCGGGUUCAGGACGGGAUGGGGCUCUACACGGCCCGCAGAGUGAGAAAGGGUGAAAAGUUUGGACCCUUUGCUGGAGAGAAGAGAAUGCCUGAAGACUUGGAUGAAAAUAUGGAUUACAGAUUGAUGUGGGAGGUUCGGGGGAGUAAGGGAGAAGUUCUGUACAUUUUGGAUGCUACCAACCCACGACAUUCCAACUGGCUUCGCUUUGUCCAUGAGGCACCAUCUCAGGAGCAGAAGAACUUGGCUGCUAUUCAGGAAGGAGAAAACAUUUUCUAUUUGGCAGUUGAAGAUAUAGAAACAGAUACAGAGCUUCUCAUCGGCUACCUGGACAGUGACAUGGAGGCUGAUGAGGAAGAACAGCAAAUUAUGACAGUGAUCAAAGAAGGGGAAGUUGAAAAUUCUAAAGGACAAUCAACAGCUGGCAAAAAAGAUCUCCUUGGCUGUAAAGAGGACUAUGCCUGUCCCCAAUGUGAAUCGAGUUUUACCAGUGAGGAGAUUCUUGCUGAGCAUCUUCAGACACUGCACCAGAAGCCCACAGAGGAGAAAGAAUUUAAGUGCAAGAACUGUGGGAAGAAAUUCCCAGUUAAGCAGGCUUUGCAAAGACAUGUUCUUCAGUGCACAACGAAAAGCAGUCUGAAGGAUUCUUCGCGAAGUUUUCAGUGCUCUGUUUGCAAUUCUUCCUUCAGUUCAGCAUCGAGUUUUGAGCAGCACCAGGAGACCUGUCAGGGGGAUGCUAGGUUCGUGUGCAAGGCUGAUAGCUGUGGAAAGAAGCUGAAGAGUAAGGAUGCUCUGAAAAGACACCAGGAAAAUGUCCACACUGGAGAUCCUAAGAAAAAGCUCAUAUGUUCAGUGUGCAAUAAAAAGUGUUCUUCAGCAUCAAGCCUACAAGAACAUAGAAAGAUUCAUGAGAUAUUUGAUUGUCAAGAAUGUAUGAAGAAAUUUAUUUCAGCUAAUCAGCUAAAACGUCAUAUGAUCACUCACUCAGAAAAACGACCGUAUAAUUGCGAAAUUUGUAAUAAAUCUUUCAAGAGGCUCGAUCAAGUGGGUGCCCACAAAGUAAUACACAGUGAAGAUAAACCUUACAAAUGCAAGCUGUGUGGAAAGGGAUUUGCCCACAGAAAUGUUUACAGGAAUCACAAAAAGACCCACUCUGAGGAGAGACCAUUCCAAUGUGAGAAAUGUAAAGCUUUGUUCCGGACCCCAUUUUCUCUGCAGAGACACCUGCUAAUACAUAACAGUGAGAGGACCUUCAAGUGUCAUCACUGUGUUGCUACCUUUAAACGGAAGGAUACAUUAAAUGUUCAUGUCCAGGUGGUCCAUGAAAGACACAAGAAAUACAGAUGUGAGCUAUGUAAUAAGGCAUUUGUUACACCUUCAGUGCUUAGAAGUCAUAAAAAAACGCAUACAGGAGAAAAGGAGAAGGUCUGCCCAUAUUGUGGUCAGAAAUUUGCCAGCAGUGGGACACUGAGAGUUCAUAUCCGGAGCCACACAGGUGAGCGUCCCUAUCAAUGUCCCUACUGUGAAAAAGGAUUCAGUAAAAAUGAUGGACUGAAGAUGCACAUUCGUACUCACACAAGGGAGAAGCCGUACAAGUGCUCAGAGUGCAGCAAGGCCUUCAGCCAGAAGCGAGGCCUGGAUGAGCACAAGAGGACGCAUACUGGAGAAAAGCCUUUUCAGUGUGAUGUUUGUGACUUGGCUUUUAGCCUGAAGAAAAUGCUGAUCCGACACAAGAUGACUCAUAAUCCCAAUCGUCCACUGGCAGAAUGCCAGUUUUGCCAUAAGAAGUUUACAAGGAAUGACUACCUCAAAGUGCACAUGGACAAUAUCCAUGGUGUAGCUGACAGCUAAUGGUAGCUGUAAAGGAAUUAAACCAUUCAGAAGAGCUUCUAAUAUGAAUACCAGAUUUUUCUCACCUGAUCAGCAUAACAGAAGUAGCCAAAAGUAAUUUACUAGUCUCACAGUUUUUAUUUGCCUACCUUUAUAGUCUGUAGAAACACAUACAAAAAAAAAGGAAAAAUCUUACUUUUACCAAGAAAUGAUACAAAUGGAAAAAAAAAUCACUCCAGCCUUGCAAAAUACUACUUGUGUUCUGUUUUAUAAAAAUAGAGAAAGAAUUCAUGGCUCUCUUUCUUGGCCAUCCUUCUGUAAUGAAGUUUUUUAACACAGUUCCCCAUUAGGCAUUUUAAUUUUAUUGUUAUCUUUUGUGUAUGUGUCUGUGUGUGUGUGCGCGCACUUGCAAAUGCUGAUUAUCACAGCUGAUCAUUACUACUUUAGACAGAAAGAAAUCGAGAUAUCCAACUAUUUUUUUGCAGGAUAAGAGCAAUAGUUUUCAAAGUCUCAAACAUAAUAAGAAGGUAAAUAUUGCAAUUUUUUGAAACAGACCAAGAGUUUAUCUUAUUUAAUAAGUCCAUACAACAAAUGAGUUUAAAAUGAAGAGAUUGUGAGAACUAAAAUAUCUAUUUAAAAUAUUGUUCAUUUCAGAGAAUCCUCAGGAAACUUAUCAUUCAGAUGCAUUCAUGGUUUAGGAUACUUUUAUAAGAUCUAGACAGAAAUACCCAUGACAUUUAAAUACUCAUCAAACUGACCCUCCUGAGUUUAUACUGGUUAUCUUUAGAAAUUAAUAAUAUACAAAUAUAUAUAAAAAUAAAAACAGAAUAGGUUCUCCAUAUUUGUUGACGGACAGAGCAGCAGAACAAUAGUGACAUUACCACAUCGGUUAUGAUGAAUGUACCUUCACCCUCUCAUUCCAUAAAAGCCCAGAGAACACAUUAGUGCAGAUGUAAUAGAGUCCUCAGAGCAUUAACAUUCCAUUUUGCAAAAGACGUUUUCCAGAAUCUUGGCAGUAGGUGAUUCUGAAACACUUUUGUAUUACCCUCAAUCAUCCCAUAUAAUUAGGAAUCCAGAAUAAGAAUACAAACCUGGCAGUUGUUAUGACUGAAAUUGUCACUGAUACUUAAGGGAAAUUGAAGCAAGAAACAUAAUUUCUUCCUUUAGGUUAUAUCUCAGUGAAAUACUUUACAGCAGCAUACAAUGCACAGCUUGUUUGGGAAAUGAUGAUAUAAUGUAAUAGUGAUGUCAAAAUAACCUAGAGGAACCAAAGCCCAGAAAAACAUUAAAAUGAAGCCCAAAUCAUGAACCUCUUUAAUUGGAACACAUUCAAAAAAGAAGUAUAAUUUUAAGGAAGUUAUUUGGUUAUAAUAAAUUAAGGAGAAAGGUUAUCUGAAGACACUAUUGUUUGACUGCAGGAAUCUCAUUUUAGAAUUAUAAUCAUGCCCAGUUUCAAAGUUUUAAAAAGAAACAUAAAGAUUCAGUACAGACAUAUAAACUCUGUAAACAUACUAAAUUUGAAACUCACCAGAGAUAACUUUUUAAAACAUAAAUCCUAGAAUUAUAAUUUAGAAGACAUCUGAGUAUGGUUAUAUGUAGCAUUUUGUAUCUGAAAUUAUAGACUGUAUUUUAUAAGAAUAAAUUUUGGCCUUGUUUCUCACUAUA